ACAGAACAUAACAAAACAACAACAAUUUACAAAUUAGCAAAAACCAGAUUAUACGCGAACCACCAUAUUGAGGAAUACCGGAACACUGAGAGCCUAGAUCGGUUGCGCCAGGCGAUUUUAUCCUUUUCUUGAAAUUCUUUUUGGAUAUUCUUGUGAGGAAGAUUGGGGGAUUGAAGUGUUUCUUGUGGGAUAGCUAAGGAAGAGGAGAAGGGGACAUUAUCGGCAAUGAACUCGCGGAAUCUGCGACGUCUGGCUGGCGAUCAUGCAGCUUUGCACAACAACCCUCUACCACCGAAUUACCUCUUCGACCCGAUAUCAACAUCAGACUCGGAACUCACGGCUUUGGACAUACUUCUAGCAGGACCGAGAGCGACACCCUAUGAACAAGGCGUUUUCAAACUCCAUCUUACCAUUCCAACAACAUAUCCUCAGGAACCCCCGAAAGCAUAUUUCCGGACAACGAUUUUUCAUCCAAAUGUUGACGACAAGACUGGAGCUGUUUGUGUAGAGACGUUGAAGAGAGAUUGGGAUCAGAAAUUGACAUUGAGAGACGUGCUUGUCACGAUAUGUUGUCUACUGGUGCAACCCAAUGCGAGCAGUGCGUUGAAUGCUGAGGCGGGCAUGUUUCUUGAGCGAGGUGACUGGAGCCAGUUUGAGAAGAGGGCAAAAAUGAUGACCAAGAUCCAGGCUGGAGUGCCGAAACACCUCAAAGAGGCUGUCUUGGAAGCACAGAGGAGGGGCGAGGAGAGUGAAGAGUUGGAACGAAAGGACUCUGCAUUGAAUAUUGCAGAGGCACGUCGAAGUAGAAGAAGGGGUACGCCUUUGCCGAGAGAAAUGAUGGGGACGCCAGUCGAGACUGGCAGGAAGGCGACAAGAGCUGGGACACCGCCUCCACCACCGACCAGAGCACCGGCAACGUCGCGUCCAUUCGUGCGCCAAUCUAAGAGAGAUGAUGUGUUCGGUGCAGUACGACUUCCUGCCCCAAAUACAACUCCUGUAAUAAUGGAUGACUCUUCUGAGCUGCUUCCCGCUGAUACGACAUUCUCUCCUCACGAGCAACCGAUCCCACGACUCUCACCAAGAAGACAAGGACCUCCACCUCGUCUCAACGACCUCUCCAUGACAGACUCCGAGCCAGAAUACCCGCCUUCACCCAAGAAGAGUCCUCAGAAACAAGCCAGAGACACGAGCAAUGCCAGCAUAGAAUAUCCACCUUCACCACGAAAGAGCCCCCAGAAGAAACGUCUCAAUGAUCUCUUCUCCCAGCCCGCACGCCCAGAACUCAGUAGAGCGGAAUCCAGUCGUACAGGCGCCGCGCGACAACUCCAAUUCACAGCACCAUCAUCACAAGCUCAGGGAACGCCCAGCAUCUUUGACUCAUCCUCUCUGCUAGAACAAAACGCAACCUUUGACCUCGACACCGAACCAGAUACUGAAGUCGAAGCUUCCUUCGACCUCCCAAAACGCAGAUCUGCAGUCGCUGCAAACAAAAAGCUUGCAGCAGCCACACAAGCAGCAAGGACACUCCGCAGGAAACCUAGAAUGAUCAUUGCAGAGACAACACCAAUCUCCAUCCCUGUCCCUCGUCUAGCGAAGUCAAGAAAUCCCUCGAGGGCGAGAAAAGCAACGCCACAAUGCCCGCCGUCUCCUCCUUCCUCGUCAUUCCAAGUCGUCGCUUCUCCUGGAGUAGUGGAGAAGGGAAAAGCAAGUGUUAUCAUCAAGCCAGCAGAGAAGUUGUUGGAUAAGGUCCGCAAGUCUCCAAGGGAAGAUCAAGAAGCAAGACUGGAGAGGAAGUUGUGGAAACUUUGCGGUGAAGAUGUUGGAAGGUGGAAUAAAGGUGAUUUUGGCGGAUACUUCAAGGUCAAGGGGGCUCGAUGGUAAAGAUCCUCAUACUGGCUCGGAAGUACUUACCCGCGAACGAAGGUGGAAGUUACAGCAGAGGCGACCUUUGUAUAGGGGAUCGAUCGUUACAUCUUCCCACCCCUACCGAUUUGCACAGAAACUUCACAAGGUCAUCGUCAUUAUUUCCUUUGGGAAAGAAGCAUUGAGCAUUGAGCAUUUGGGUAUUGGAGUCCUGUUGAACCUGGCAUGAGCUUUUUUUACAUUACCACUGCAAUCAGCAUUGCUUUAUUCUCAUUCAUCGCAGUAUCUCUCUCACACUGAUUCCCUUCAUCGCUAAUCGAAAACAACAAGUCAGAUGUAAAUUUCCGUCCUUUCUGAGCCCCCCCAUCCGCUUGAAACUUUUCCAUUUAUCCACACACACUUUUUUGCUCCCCAGCAAACCCUUCCCCUUCCCCCCAAACAAGGAUAACAAAAAAACAUCCAC